CUACUGUCAAGCAUCAAAAUUCAUAAACAAAACACACAAAACAAACAUCGUGACUGAAUCGGACCCGGCUUCAAUCGAAAUUCUGCAGCAAAAACAUCGGCAAUGGUAUCGACUAAGUCCCAAGUGGAAGAGUUGCAGGAGUAUUUUAAAACGCACAAUAAAACCCGGGAAGCUACGAAAGCACACACCGCAAAGGUUCACUCUGUUGGCUGGAACUGCGAUGGACGCCGGUUGGCGUCCGGUUCGUUCGAUAAAUCGGUUGUGAUUUUCACACUGGAUCGGGAGCGAUUGAACAAAGAAAGCACUUACCGUGGUCACACCGGAUCGGUGGAUCAAUUGUGUUGGCACGCGUCGCUCCCAGAUUUACUGAGCACGGCAAGCGGGGACAAAACCGUGCGCAUCUGGGAUGCACGAGUUGGCAAAUGCGCCACAAUUAUCAACACCAAGGGAGAGAAUAUUAACAUCACGUGGUCUCCGGAUGGGAACACCAUUGCAGUCGGUAACAAGGAAGAUUUGGUAACAUUUAUCGACGCCCGGAUGUAUAAAAUCCUGGCUGAGGAACAGUUCACGUUCGAGGUAAAUGAGAUCGCCUGGAGUAACGGUAGCGAUUUGUUCUUCCUGACGAAUGGACAGGGAUGCGUCCACAUUCUGAACUAUCCGGAUCUCAACCUGCAGCAAGUUUUGAAGGCUCAUCCGAGCACAUGCAUUUGCAUUGAGUUUGAUCCAACUGGUAAAUAUUUCGCCACUGGAUCGGCGGACGCACUGGUAUCGCUCUGGGAUGCUGAGGAACUUGCUUGUUUGCGGGUAUUUUCCCGUUUGGAUUGGCCCGUAAGAACAAUCUCAUUCAGUCACGAUGGAAAAUUGCUGGCUUCCGCUAGUGAGGACUUGAUAAUCGACAUUGGAGACACCGAGACGGGCGAGAAGGUCGGGGACAUUUCGGUUGACGCGGCUACGUUUACAGUCGCAUGGCAUCCGAAGCAGUACAUUUUGGCGUACGCUUGCGACGAUAAGGAUGCAAACGAUCGACGACGCGACGCAGGUAGCCUUAAGGUGUGGGGGUUUAGCGAAUAGAACUGUAUUUAUAAAAAAAAAUAAACGUUUAAUUUUUACUAUGCCCAAGUUUCCUCCUGA